UUUAUGUCCCUCCUCUUUAGACCAGUUCAAUGCUUGCUCCUCUGCCAUUUGAGGUCUGCACUGGACUGUGCUUUUGAGUUCAGUUUAUGGCAAUUAAUCAAGCAUUGAAUGGAUGCCCUCAAUUUCCUUCCAAGUGCGUUUGACUAAAGUGGCCUAAAGAAGGAAGCUCGACAAUUGGCUUAACUGAGCAUGACUCACACUUUGCAUGGCCCUGGAGAUUUAAUGCAUCUUCUCAUCUGUUGGCUUAUAUAAUCCCUCCACCGGACUCUUGCCUAGCCACGGGCAGAAUCUCUUUCUCGUCGAUUCACAUUCCUCCGUCUCCUUCUCGCUGUCGCCAUGGGCCGUAAGAAGUUGGUGGUCAAGAGGAUCGAUAACCCCACCGGUCGGCUAGGGACCUAUAGGAAGCGCAAGGACGGGAUUGUCAAGAAGGCUGCAGAGUUAUCGGGGUUGUGUGGCACGGAUGUUGGUCUGAUAAUGUUUUCUCCGAAUGGUGGAUUGACUAGCUUUGCCAGCAGCGGCAGUAUUGAGGAUGUCUUUCUACGAUAUCUCAACUUGCCCGAUGCAUCGCGAGGAGAGUUGGUCGAAAACCAAGAGGUUUUGCGUCAAGGCCUCGAACAUGUGAAGUGUGAAGCAAAAAUGCUCGAAGUCCUGACAAAAAAGCAGGCUCUUGAGGAAGAACUCACAGUGCUUAAUCAGCAACAAACUGAAGUGCAAGAAAAGAUCAGAUGUUACAAUCCGGAGCCGGAAGAAACUAGAUCGGUUCGAGAAGCUGAAGUGCACAUAAGAUUUCUUAGUGAUGCUAUCAGGCGUAUAGAAUAUCUGAAACAAGCGAAAUCGUCAGGGAAACCAGCUUCUGCCUCAAGAAUCUGCCAGUUUUGAGGCACCAGCUAACUCAGUCAGGGGUUCGAAUCGGGCAACUAACAAUUCUGCAUAUGCUAUCCAGAAGAGGGACCGUUCCGAUGAUGAGCGUCGAGGCGAAGCGGCGCAAAACCUGAGCAUUGGCCCCUCGGAGCCGCCACAAGCUGAGCGGAACGUUUAAAAGAGCGCCUCGACUCGAGGACUGAACCUUCGGUUUGCUCUAGAAGAAAUCGAGGAAAAGGAUUCGAAUGCUAAAUAAAGUUGAUUUAAGUCUAUUGGCCUUGUCGUUCGUGUUUCCUUCCUUCGUUUCAAUGAAAACAAAUUUCCGGUCGAGGAGCACCUA